CGUGGUGCUUGCGACCGGUGGUAAAUAGUUUUGGUUAACGUUGGAUGGUUGCUCAGUUGGUGUUCAGUCGCGGCAGUGGUAAGACUUAAUUUAUUUUGCGUUUAUUUUACCGCUGCUUAAUUAUUAUAUCCGUCAUUAUGGGACGGUUUGCGGUGGCCGUCGUGGCCAGUGUCGCGGCGCUGUGCAGUGCACAGCCGUAUCAGAAGGCACCGUACGGGAAUUAUACCGGCGGCGCCAGUAUGUAUGGGAAUUAUUCCGGGCAGCCCAGUUAUCCGGCAGCACCCUAUAACAGCUCGUAUGGACCGAAGUACAUGAACAACACGUACCAGGCCAACUACUACCAGACACCCCCGUGGGCCUACAACUGGGAUCACGAGCACCAGAGCCGGCAUCUCUACAGCCAGGAAGCCGCCGCCUGGCUGUAUGCCAAUAUCUAUCCGGCCUGGGAGUGGGCCGUCGGGCAGUACGCCACCGUCAACGGACGCUACUACAACAACGCCCAAAAGUGCGGUUACAGUGGAAAUCCAUAUAACAGCGUGGAGACGAGGAAUGCUCAGCGAGCCGAAUACCUGACCCUGAUGGCGCAGUGGCUGUGGGACAAUUAUCCUGGUGAUAAGUCAGUGCUGCACAAGGCCAUGUUGAAUCUGGACGCCUACAAGAUCCAGCUGCCCUUUAUCCAGGACUGCUUAGCCGAGAACUACAACCAAUGGCAGGGACAGUGUGGAGCGUAUCAGCGCUACAACCGGCCGGACCAGAUCUGCAACAACAUCGGCUACCCGACGUGGGGCGCCUGGCUGGACGUGACUAUUCGUAUUACCGAUAUCUGGAACUACUACGGAGGUAUCUGGCAGGCUAACCAGUACAACGUGUGGCCGGAUUACAACGGGCAGAUCACACCGUUGGCCGAUGCCAAGUACAUGGCCAACGCGUUGGACAACUGGCAGAACGGCCAGUGCUACAACCUCGAUGCUACUAUGUUGCAUGCCUACUUUACUCAGUUCAUCGCCCACGACAUCACCCGCAGUGGUCCGUACACGGUGACGGGCUACAACGGUAUCCAAGUGAAGCCGGAAUGUUGUAAGAUCAGCGACGAGUGUCUGCAUCACACUUGCCACUCCUGGUACGGCCAGUAUUCCGAUGGAUACAAUCAGUAUCCGGUCUGCGAGGAGCUCUCCGACAAUCUGCCCGGCAUUGACUACUGCAACCCAAUUCCGAAAGACUCGGUGAACCUGCAAACCUCGUACAUUGACAUGUCGGCGGUGUACGGCGCCAGCUGCUACGAAGCGGCCAAGGUGCGUGCCUGGCGCAAGGGAAAGCUGCGCGUCAACAAGGGCAAGUACGGGCUGUACUCCAAGAAUGUCCUGCUGCCGGAUGACUACAGUCCCAAUCCCGAUGAGUGCGACAUCAGCUAUCCCGACGGCGAUCUCAAGUGCCAUUUGGCCGGUGAUCCGCGUAACAGCAUGCAUCCCGGAUUGUAUGUUUUGCAUACUUUGUUCAUGCGCAUGCACAACCGUUUUGCCUCGUCGUGCGCUAAAUGGCUGGAGAAGUACUAUUUACCGGAAGAUGUACUGGAUGAAAUCUGCUACCAGGAAACUCGCCGUCUGAUGCAAGCCAUUGGGCAGAAGAUCUUCUACGCUGAGCAUCUCCCGGUGGAACUGGGUCCGUACGUUGCCAACGAUCCCAACUACGGUCUGAGCCUGGACUACGUGCUGCCCUACGACCCGGCUGUGCACGCUAGUGUCUGGCCCGAAUACCUCUACGCUGCUGGACGUCUGCACUCCACCAUCUCCCACUGGGCCCAGGUGGUGGCGCCCGAGAAGGCCGCGCAGGGCCUGCAGGAGCCGGACAACUGGUACGGCAUCUACGACUUCUUCCACCGCGGCUACGCUCUCAUGUCCAGCAAGCACAAGCUGAACGAGCUGGUGGCCAACUCCCUGUACGACCCCGAGCAGUGCUACGACGCCCUGAUCGUACCCGAGAUGCGCAACAAGGUGCCGUCCUACGGCGGACCGGGUAUGGAUAUGCACUGGGUCAACCAGAUGCGCGGCCGUGAAUGGGGUCUGCCCUGGUACUCGCAGGUGCGCGACUGGUGCGGUAUGAGUUACAUCAACGACUGGGCCGAUCUGCAGAAUAUCUGGAGUGAGAACUGCCUCAAGACCCUGCCCGGCAUUGUCUAUCAUCCGAAGAACGUGGAAGCCUGGGUGGGCAUGAUCUGCGAGAAGCCGAUGCCGGGUGCCGUUGUCGGUCCCACAGCCGGGUGUGUCCUGCAGCGACAGUACUACAAUCUGCGCGAGGGCGAUCGCUUCUUCUUCGACCGUAACGGAUUCACACCCGAUCAAAUUAACGUUAUCAAGAAAUUCAACAUGGGCAAGGUGCUGUGUAUUACCACCAACUUGGACUACGUCACAACCAAUCCAUUCCGUACUCCCAAUGCCUACUCGAAUCCUUAUCAGUCGUGUAAUGCUUAUGAUGAUAUCACGGAAGAUGAUCUCGCUAUGUACUGGAGCACGAUCCCCUACGCAGCCGGUGACUACCGUACCUGCAAGGAUUACAGCCAGUUCGCGCCGAACCAGCAGUACCAGAACACCACGUACAACGCCUACGCUAACCGCCAGUACGGCAAUUACUCGCAGCAGUACCAGCCACCGGCGCCGCAGUACCAGCAGACUACAUACCAGCAGACCACCUACCAGAAAUCCUAUUAAACAGCCACACCGGUGGAGUGAUGCUGUAAGACUCUUCUUUGAUCUACACACUGACCUUUCUCUUGCUUUUCUCUCUCUGUCCAUAGCUUGUACAUGCAGAGCGCGCGAGCCACAUGUGGUGCAGCGUUGCUAUUGUUUCUGGCGAAAAUUUAGACAAAAAUUAGUCGUGUAUUUAAGGUCACCGCUGCACUGCAGUGUGGUGUAUCAUGUCGUGCUUUUUUAUAAAAAAGGUUUGCUUCCCUCUGUGGGUUCUUUUCUUUGCAAGCUGUCUUUCUCUCUUUUGUAAAAUUAUUCAGCUGCAUCUUUUUUACUUGAGCAAUAAAAGUGCAGAAUAACA